AUGUCUGAAUUCGCUCCAAAGAUCAGGACUCCAGUCACGGAGCUCCUGGGUAUCAAACAUCCCAUUGUACUCGCGGGCAUGAAUGGCACGUCGAGUCCGCGACUGGCCGCUGCUGUCACCAAUGCCGGUGGUCUCGGCGUCAUUGGCGGCGGCACUUAUACCCCAAAACAGCUUUCGGAAGCCAUAGACGAGCUCAAGUCGCACUUGAAGGACAAGAAUGCCCCGUUUGGCGUGGAUCUCAUGAUUCCAAAAGUCGGAGGAGGUGCGCGCAAGACAAACUACGAUUACCUCCAUGGCAACUUGGACAAAUGUGUCGACAUCAUGAUUGAAAAGAAGACCGCCCUCUUCGUAUGUGCUAUAGGCGUUCCCCCGGUCGACGUCGUGAAAAAGCUUCAUGCCGCGGGCGUCCUGUACAUGAACAUGUGCGGCGCACCCAAACAUGCCGUCGCAGCAGCCAAGCUUGGCGCCGACCUCGUCUGUGCGACGGGUGGCGAGGCGGGAGGACACACUGGAGAUAUUCCGACAUCCGUCUUGAUCCCGACCGUCAAGGAGGCAAUCCGAGACUUUACCAGUCCGCAUACAAAGAAGCCCGUGAUGCUGCUCGCGGGUGGUGGAAUAUACAAUGGGCGAUCGCUGGCAAGCGCGCUGGCCUUGGGGGCCGACGCCGUUUGGGUCGGCACCCGAUUCAUUCUCUGUGACGAGUCCGGCUCGACCGAGUGGCACCAGGAACAGGUGCGCAACGCCCAGCAUGGCCAAGUCGUACGAUCAACCAUAUUCACCGGCCGACCGCUACACUCUCUGGCGACGCCAUACCUACUUCAGUGGGAAGAGGAGCGCAAGGCGGAGAUGAAGCGCCUGGAAGCCAAGGGCAUCAUUGCUGCUCAGCACGAUCGCGAGCAGCGUCCAGACGAUGAUUCCAUCCAAGAAAUGCCGAUAUUGAUGGGAAAAGUAGCGGCCGUGGUUGAUAAGAAGCUCCCAGCAAAACAAAUCGUAGAGGACAUGAUCGAGGAGGCGGCAAAGGUGUUGGCAGACAACUCUCGACUGCUUGUCGCUAGCUCCAAACUAUGA